AUGGGUGUGGUCGUAUGUGCUUGUUCUUGGAUGGGAAUUUUCUUAUAUAGUGUGCGAGGUAAGCACGAGCAGAUAUCGCCAAGGACACCGAGAGAGGCCCCGUUGUCGGAGAUAGAUCUGGCCUUCACCCUCGCAACAAGCGUCCAAGGCAGUAUGAAGACUGGCCUGAGGCAGCUUCUCUGGCUUCUCGUCGCAAUGUACACGAACUUGAAUUUCGCGCGCGAUCGCAAGUUAUCCCAGAUAACUUGGUUGGCAGAAAGCGGCAGCCGCGCUUUGCGGACCGGACGAAGUUGGCUUACAUUGAUGCCGUGGUAUCGAAGGUCAUGCGCUGGCGAAUUGUUUCGCCGGGAAGUAUCCCACGGAGAACCGUGA